GUCAACUGGAAAAUGCCAUUACAGAAGAAAAAACUAUGGUUUCAUCCCUAAUACUGUUAACUUGAAAAACGGGUCCAUAACAUGUAAUGAUGACAAUGAAGAUGUUGAAAUUAGGUACGCCAAUCAAGUGAAUUCAGAGCCCGAGAACCAUCAACCCACUGGAAUACCCACAGAUCAAGUUUCAGAGCCAUUAACAUUCCUUGAAAGUGACAAUGAGCAGCCAACAGAUGGACCAUCUGUAAAUCUUGAUGAUUUUGUCAGCUCAGCUGAAAGAGCCUACAGAUUCCUUGAAACAAAUGACCAAAAUUCAAGAAUUAUAUUAUCUAUUAACAAUUGUUUUAAAAUCGUGGUAAGUGGAAUCUUUCCAAUUACCAAUAUAGCAUUAUUAUUCUUUUUGGACAUUGUGGACUAUUUCACCGCUCCAUCUGCCAAACAAGUAAGGUACAGAAAGGAAACUAAAUACUUUUGGUUCAUGGGCUUUCGUCUGUUUCAUGGGAAGUUUCUGAGGUAAGACUUCAUUCAUCUUUACUUUUAAUUCUUAUGAUAAUAAAAUAUAAUAAAAAAUGGUCCCGAUCAACACAGGCUUCGCUAUAAGUAUUGCAGUAGCACAUUGGUGGAGGAAGCCAUGGUUAUAAUAUUUCGUGAUUUAAACAUUCGGUGUUAUAGAACAAAAUGCAAUUUAGGAUUGCUUUAUUACAAACUUACAUAUAUGGUAAUCCUGUUUACUGAUUAUUUGUUAUAAUAUUGUUGGAACUCUGGCCGAUCUAGAAACAAUCGCUUUUUUUAGCACAGACUUGAUAUGGUGGUCUGGAGUUGCAGUUGGUAAGAAUCGCGACUAUAAAUUAUACUUCUAAAUUCUAGGUGACAGCAGAUACACUGACAAUAAGCAUGAAGCAUCUACAAAAUAGUUGUGAUAUAUAUGGAAAAUAUAAUUAAGAUGUCCAUCAUCUUGAGUAAACAUCAGAUUAUCGUCGGGCAUCAAAUGUUCACCAUAUACUACUGUAAAAUUAUAUUUUUGUUGAAUUAUUGUCCCAACUCAAGUUUAUAUGUAACCAUAGUUGUUUUUUCCUGAUGUAUCCAAUGAGAGCGUUUAAGAAAUAUAUGUAAAAUAUUAAAAAUACACACAUUCAAAAUGAUUCAAUUAAAACCUAACCAGUCUGUUCAUUGAAUCCAAUUAGAACGUCUACUAAUCCACAUGAUACAUCAUAAUUAAAUUGCUUUUUUAAAUCGGAUAUUUCAUACCAUAACCCCAAAAAUAUUAUAAAAUGCGUUGUAUUUGUAUUUUACUUCACACAGACAUAUUUGUGUACGUGAAAUAAUUAUAUUACUUGAAUUUUUUAUUCCCCAUUAUAAGGUAAACCUAUGGCAAUUAUAC